GCUUAAGGUUCAUUUACUGCUGGUUUACCUAAAUUCUCUUUCGAAAUUUUGUUGAGAUAGGAUUUCUGUUAUUUGAUAUUUUUUGUCUGUAUUUUGAUCGGAGUAUAAUUCAAGACAGGUACUACAGCAAAGUAGUGUCGAUUGAAAGUUCUAUAAUCUGUUUUUUUUUAAAGAAAUACUUACGCAGAUAAAGACUUUCAAUAUUUUCUUCGAACAACGUACAUAGUUUAAUAGUUAACAUAACGUAUAACAUUACAUAGUAGUACAUUCUUAACUGUAACACUAUUUUAACGAUACCAGAUAAUUACGCCGGUUAUUAAAAAAUAACACACCUGAUCACACCGCAAAUUCACCAAUACAUGCGUGCGUACAGUUUACAACUAAUCUUCAAACGAGAUAUUCCUCUAAUCGUAUAAUCACUGACAAAAUCAAUUAAUAAUAUAUCACAGACUGUAUAAAAUUACACAGUCAACAAGGAAAGCAGACGGAUUCCCUAUUCGUUGAAGCAUAACCACUCAUGUUCUUCGUAUGUUCAACGCAACCUACUGCGAAUUAACGACAAACUUAUAUUUGCGUACGGAGUACAAAAACAUACACUGGAUAUCAAACUAUGAAGUUUGGUAGAUAGAGUCCAAAUUCGAAUGUAAGUGCUUAAUUGGGAGAUCGAUUCAUUAGGCCGGCUACACACUAGCGUUCCGCAUGCAAGUUAAAUAAAGAAAACACGGCGAAAUGUCCACGAGAUGGAAAGUGCGCACGCAGGGAAUUUCACUCGAUCAACCCUCGCGUGAUGAAUGUAGUUUUUCAUCGGACAUUUGUAAAAACAAUCAUGAGAUAUCGUUGGAAAAAAAUGCUAACGAACUGGCAGGAUAUAAAAAUGCGGUUUGUGAAAAGAUUAAUAGCUUUAUUGCCUUAAAGACAGGCAUUAAUACGUAUGUUAAGUACAUACGACACGACAGUACAAAGUACUAAAUUAUCUACGUAUUCAUUUCAUGAAAUCGCAACUCUUGGAUGUAACACAACUCCUAACCAGGGACAAUUUCUGACGAACGGUACUAUGGAAAUUCGCGGCCGUUGUACUGAAACAGUUGCCUUGAAUAAAAUGUUUUUCUACUCGCUUUCUUUUUAAUUUUUGAUUUAUCAUUUAGAUCAUUUGUAAUUCCAGAAAUAAAAGCGUUAAUCAAAUACUUAUUGGAUUAAAUAUUUCAAUCCAAUCCAAACCAAACCAAUUUAGAGCAUGAAACUAAGAUAUAAUUUAACAAAAUAUAAUAAAAUGCGAUAUAUUAGUUUACGCAAUUCUUAAAGUGUGCAAUUAGAAGUGAAUCGAUGUUAAUCAGGGCUUUAUUAUACAUUUAUGUCGUUUUUAAAAACUCAUUAAAGUGCGGACGUUGUACGGUUACCACAGCUUCCUUGCCCGCCGACAAAUCUAGGCGUAAAGAUAAAGACCCUUCAUGUUGUCUAAACAUCCUUUAGUUGUGCUAAUGCCCUAUGAAAACUAUGUCGAAAUGUAUUUCACAUAUAUCAUGCUAUAUCUUGUUGGGCGACAAUAUGGAAAGUUGAGAAAAAGUGUAUUAUUUUGAAAAUAUGUCUCAGAAAGUGCUCGUCUAUUUUUUGUUCGUUCUAGCUCCAGGAAAGUAAUAAAAAUACUGAUAUAUUAUACAGGAAACAUACAUUAAAUACUGUUCGGAAAUUAAUUGUGUUGCUUUUUAAUACAAAAGCAAAAAAACAAACGCAAACUUGCAUAUUAUGUCAAGUAAUUUUCAAAUGGAAAACUGUGACUGCUAUAGAUAAUAUGAAACGUGGGAUACAGAAUAAGAUAGCUAGACGUUUUAUAAAUUUAUAGUCACGCUACUGACAGUAUCAAAAGAUUUUCUACGUUUGGUUAAUAUAGGUAAUUUGCGCACGCGCUAGCAUUUUUUCCGGGUUGACUUCAACCCACGCCGAGGACACGGUGCGGCGUGGUGAUAUAAUGUAAGUCUCUAGCUUACUAAAACCACCCUGGACCCCUCAACUGCUUGAGCCAGGGUCACGGGGUCGCUCAGGCAUGCUCUGAGCGAAUCUCUCUGGCCUUUGUCCCGUGGGACUUCUUCUCAAAGGGUAGGUAUAUAAAGACCUUCACUCCUUGUGUCCUUCACGGGACGAUUCGAAAAGGUCUAGUUCAUUCGACUGCAUAACGGAGGGUUUCAAUUCGGUCGUUAUUUUUUUAAUACCAUAAACGGAGAUGUGAAUAUGAAAACUUGAAUGAACACGUAUAUGAUAAUAUGUGCCCAUCGAAAAACAAUAAAAGCACUUUCGAAUGUUUGCAUAAUGACUACCGGCCAAUAAUUAAUAUUGAUCGUGUUACCAACACGUCAUUUGACGUGUAUUAUUUUUCAUUAAUUAACAUUAGAAAUAGAUAUUUUUUGUAGUAAUAACUUAGCCCCAAUAACCAAGAAUGGUUAUAAAGCAUUCUGUCCGUCUGUCUGUCAUGCAUUAUUUUUAUCUGUUCUUAUGUAGAGAAUUGCCGCUUGUUGAAAGUUUGUUAACCGAAUAUUAUACAUCAUGCAGACCAUUGCCGAGUUCGAUUUUUCUAGUGCAGAUGCAGAUUUUAAAGUAAGGAAAACGUACCCGUCAUUGUGAUGAAACAUGAAACUAACGGGUCUUGAGAUGCCAUCUGGAAAUCAUGAAUAAAUAGGAGAUCACUCUCUUCUUUGAUUUCAUUAAAUUAUCAUUUUCGGAAUUGUCACCUGCAACUACCAGUUUAUUUUACACAAACUGAAAGAGCUUGAUAGAAAAAACGCUUUCGUUUUCAUCGAAUUUUCGAACUUCAUCAACCGAAAAUGUGCCUUAAAGAGAGAUAUCACUCUUCCCGAAACUUUAUUUGGGCUAUUUGGACAUCAUCCUUAGCAGCACUGUUUUAGGUGUAACCUAACCAUCGGGUAAAUGGCUUUCCCUUAACUAAGUCUAGUCUCUAAGUCAACUAAGUUUUACUUAAGACUCGAGUCUGUUCACCACACAACAAAGUUCCCACACUUACUGACAAUAAACAACAUCUAAAUCUGAUGAACUGUUGUUCAACUGGAUCUGCUUACUUUAAGCAUGCGGACGUUUAUUUACACCAAUGUGUAUCUAGUUAUUAUAACAUGCUAUUGACAAUAUAAUUUGGGAUUUUUGAAGAUUGACUAAAAUUGGCAUGCUGAUAUUUGUCUGUCAGGAUCCGAAACAGACAAAUAUAUCCCUAUGGAACCUAGAAAUUAAAUCGGCGAAUUUAAACGACAAUUCAUCCUGAUUUUUCGUCAAGUCCAAGUAAUAAGGUUUUUUUGGUAACUAACCCCAACUAUCGAAAUCAUUAAAGAUAGUGUUUAAAGAAGACAUUUUUUAUAUUUCUUACUCCAAAUAAUCUAAACUACAUUUUCCUAUACUUCAAAUUAACGCUACACAAAAAUAUAUUACCAUUGUUUAUUAUUUUACUAACUUUAUAAGUUUCACACUGUUGACAGCCAAUCUCAACUUUUACUUAAAACGCGAUCUGCGUGAUAAAAAAAAGGUAAGAGAUUUCAUAUGAAAAAUCCAGCACAUUCGUAUACAUUUUCUUUCAUAAUCUUUUUUUUCCUAUUUUAUCUAAACAUAACCCACCAAAUUAACAAAAAAAAAACACAGAUUUCCUCAAAAGCGUACAUCCAACAUUGUCUAAAGCGUGUGUCAUCCGCACGAGUCGUAAGGGUGGGUGUUGCGGCUCGCUCGGGCCGUCAGUCCGCGCCGCCAGUGCGCCCGCGCAGCACCAGUAACAGUGAGACCUAUCGUGCAGUGCGUGAAACAGUGAAACAUGAGAUCCGCAUUGAUAUGCGUUUUCUUUGCGCUCGUUGUACUGAAGGACGGAAGUCACGCAGAAAAUGUGGAGGACUUUAAACCGACGCCGAUCCCGCUCAUCGAUUGGCCGGGCGGGGGGCAGGACGCGGCCGGCACCCUGCACGAGAUCAUCAAGACUGAUGCGCCCCCGGCGGUCGCCGCCGUCCCCGCGCACUACUGGGAAGACGCCUUGAGGCACAGUGUUUACUUAACCCUUGUUAGAGAUAAAAUAGACCAGUUAAUAGCGAAUGGAGAUGUCAUAUCACCGGACAGAAAGCCUGAAAACCUGUCGCAAGAAGUAGAUGACCACGAUCUUUGGGAAAAAAUUAAAGCAGCAAAGUUUGACAGGUUGAAGGAAGAGCCCAUACCACCGAGCGACAUCACUAUAUUAGCGAAGGGAAGAUUACUUGAAGACGCGGAUGGCUACAGAUUCGCAGAAGAUAACACGACGCAAAGUACCUGCAGCCAAAACUGCACGAAAGGUGUCAAAGCAUUUUGGUCGGUCAAACGUGUUAGGCAAGGAGAACUUCCAUCUGGGAAAUACCAUUAUGAGUUAACAUUCUCGGUGACGUCACAAAGUCAGACUAAGAACAAGGUAUUCAAGAAACCUUAUGAGAACCCUGUUAGAACGUUUACUAUAAAAGAAAAUACACCAACUGAACGUCCGCAAACACGUAAAUAUGAACAACCUCUGAGGGUUGAGAGGCCGCAGCGAGCUAUAUGGGUACAUAAGAAUAUUAACCCUUCGCACAGUUACCAUAAACGACCAUCCUAUGUCCGCGGUUUAGAUAGAAUAUUCUCAUCAUUAUUCUCCGAUGAAGACAGCGAUGAGGAACCUUCGUACAGGUAUAAACAAAAGGCAUUCGUCCCGCAUAUGUACCCACAUCACGCGAAAGCAGCAUAUGUAGAUGACAGGGAGCCAUACCACAAGAAACUGAUACCUUAUCCGAUACCAAAACCACAAGGUUUCAGAUACAACCAUCCUCCACUCCCACCUCCACCCUAUAUCCAGCAUCCCUACUUAAAUGUAGAUAACACAGGAAACAACCCAUACGUUCCUCCACACACAGAUAAUAGAUUUGGACCGUCAAAUGUCGUGAAAACUACUAGACCUGCUGUUUUACCGACACCAAUUACAAACCAUCCCUUGCUAAAAGAAUCUACUGUUGAGGCGCCUGUCAAAACAACGAAGCCUAAUAUUACAGAGCACACAACAAAAGAACCGGACGUAUCUUAUAAGAUCUAUAGUCAUCCUAAACAGCCGCCGAUGAAGGUGGGUCUCUUCCCGGAUCACAUCAGACCGCCAGUAUACAACGCACCGCCAGGCGUGUUCGUCACUAUGGACAAAAAACCAUUCAAACCUAUGCCACCGUUGAAAUAUACCCACAGCAACAAACCUCACAAAACUUUGCCCUCCGAUUUCCGGCCAAGCCCACAAAUUGUUGAUACUCAGUAUAAUGACGCAGACCCAGCAACUGAUACUGCGUUUAGACCAAUCACUAUGAACUACACAGAGAUAGCGGAUGUUUUAAAAAAGGGGAAUAAGAAUACACGGAAACCCAGUUCGUCGAAGAAACCACCAAAAAAAGGUGAAUUCAUCAAAUCCUAUCGCCCCACAAUAAUCACUACUACAUCACCGGAAAUAAUUACAGCAAUUAGGGAUGUUGUAGAGGAAGAGCAUAUGGAUUGGGCUAAUAUAUUAGGAGCGUUUACAAAAACAACCCCAAUGGCAUCACAUAGAGAGAGAGCGACCACAGAAAGUGUAGACAUCAGUCCAACCACCUCUAUUACAUCAACAACAUCGGAAGAAAACAGUUAUGAAGAAAUUGAUGAGUCAACAGAGAUAAUAGAUAGACCUACUACUACUAGCAGCACGACUACAACAACCACUACAACUACAACACCUAAACCUACAAAGCGCACACGACCUCCGCCAAAGUUUACAAAACAAGAUAAAAUUAAAAAACAUAAACGUGUAACGUCGACAACCACAACAACGACGACCACUUCAACAACAGCUAAACCAUCGUCAACACGAAAAUACAAACAGAAGAAGCAAACGGAUGACUUGACGCCUCAAGCUAGCUCCGCUGCGACCAGUGGAGCCAACUCUGUAUGGGAACCCAAAACACCCAAAGCGCCUGUUUCUACGACGAGCAGUACCACAACACGACCUACGACGACUACACAAGCAACAACAACUACCAGCACAACCACUACACCGAGCGCGAUCGUGGACACCGAACAACCGGUUGUGACGACGCAACCGAAGAGUAAAAACCGUUUCAGACAAUCCACAUUGAUGCAAAAAGGCACUUCGGUGAACCACGACAAGUGGUCGACCGCUACACUCGAAAAGAAUCGAACGAAUUCCAUACAGUCAAACAAACUUCCGCUAAGAAGAAAAGCAUCUAAAUUCCAAGGAUAUAUUCCUGUGAGCACUCCCAGAGGUCUAGAAUUCGAAAGAGAUAGAGAAGAUCAUAGAGAUCAUGCUUACAAUGAGAUAACAGAAAAACUUACUUCGAGUACAACAGAAAGUACUGUAACAAUUCCGGUAAAACCACUAGCUACAAAACCAACCAUCGAGGAACAAGAAGUAAAAAACGCAUCAUCUAAUUUGCAUCAUCAACGUGUAGCGGAAGAAGACGACGAUGAUGAUGAAGAUGAGGAUGAUGACGACAAGGACACUGACAGCUACGAUCCUCCUUCUAAAGAUGACGUAGAAUACAUAUUUCCAACAGCGUCAAAUGCAACCACACAUGUAACGAGCUCAGACUACAACAGUAUAGAACCUACUACCACAGCUACUGCAGUUGCAUCGCCAUACCCAACAGCAAUGAACAAGAUGAAAUGUAAAAAGAAGAAACUUAACCUAACCACCACGGAAGGAACACAGCAAACUUAUAGUGAAACAGAACCAUCUACUGUCAGUAGUUCUACAACUAGUAGUACUACAACAACAACGACGAUAAGUCCAACAACGGAACAUGUAUCUGAUAUGAUCUCUGAGCUGUUCGGCGGCUUCACCAUGGAUGACAUCACGGACAAACCAAACACAGGAACAACACCAACUGAACCAAAAGAAAGCGAAAGUGAAAAACACGAGCACUACGCACACAUUGACGACGAUCUGGAAGAAUUCUUAAACUCCCUCGACAAGGAAACAAAUAAGCAUGGAGACAAUAAAACACACAGCCAUCAUGCGAGUGAAGAGUAUGAUGAUGACGAAUCGCCAUUCAACAAUGACGAUGAGAACUCGCAUAUCAAAAGUAUAAGUGAUGAGUAUUACGACGAAGGACCAGAAAGCCAAGAGAGCCGAGACCAACCAUUCAGUAUACUAGAGUUAAUGGCUAUGGAAUAGACUGAGGCAUAACCUAAUAGUCUUAAUACUCAGUGUAGCAGCUUUAAACUGUCGUGUCUACACAUUGAUCUCUGGGCACAGGCAGUAACUAAUGGGAGCUAUUUAUUUUGUCGAGGGUAAAUACAAAUAAUUUAGAAGCAUUUAUGUGAAGUCAAGAAACUCUAAAGUACUAUAGAAUUUGCACGAAUCCAACUCUCAUGUGUUACCGGAAUGUAAAUAUUUAAGUUCAGAUAAGUUUAGUUAGUGUAAGGUUUAAUAUAUUUUGUAUAAUAAAUUAUUAGAAAAUUUAA